CAGCACUUCUGUCACUGUGAAUUUUCUUUUGACCUAUAACCGUGAAAACCGGCGAUUCUUUGACGAAAAAGAUGUCGCAUCAAGGAGCAACAGGUUACGAGUUUAUUGAAAUUGAAAUCGUUGGAACGACAAAUGAAGCUCCUCGAACACCACCAGGGCAAAGACGUGGCGGAAAGAAACGACGCGAAUUUAAGGAAAAACGCCGGACCACUCCCCACAAUCGGAACAAUCAAAUGAUUCUUGUAAGCAAACAAGUGAUUGACCACCAUAUCAGAACGAUUUUCACCAAGUUGAAACAGCUAAACGAACUUACAACCCUAACCUUGGAAGUAGCGAAAUCAGACGGUUUACUGCGAUACCAAACCUCGAGAGGACACGGUCCCAGCCAGUGACACUGACUAAAUAGGAUCCUAAAGCAUUCUGUGCGAGUCAUUGAUACGCCAGACCUGAGCAGCAUUUCUUGUUAAUCGAAUUUAUUGUAUCAGUACAACGCUAAAAUUAGUCCUAAAAUGUUUCCUGUGGGGAAAAUAAAUGAUCAUCGUAUUGCUUUUACGCCAACCAGACAGUAACACAGAAAUUAGUAAGUGCCGGUGCGUCUAAAACAUUUCCUAAAGAAAGAAAAGCCGCUUCUCCACAUAUCACACCGACGGAAGAGAAUUAAAUAUUUUGUAUAUUAUUAUUACAUUGUUCGGGUCAUUUCACGUUAAGGUUCAAUGUUUUCAUUUGUUAACUAGCGUCGGUUAA